GUCUCUCUCAGAAAAUGCUCAUCAGAAAUUAUCUCCUUUUUGUUUCUUUCAUGUGUUUUCUUUUCUAAUCUCCGGUGAAGAGACAACGAGGCCUAAUCAAAGAUCGAUAAUUUAUAAGACAAAGCAGAGAAGGAGAGAUUCGAAGCUUUUCUUCAUCUAUGGCUGCUAUGACCGAGAAGGAAGCUAUGGUGGAUCCUUUUCUGGUCGAGGCUCUUCAAAAUCCUCGUCAUCGUCUCACCAUUUUGCGGAUGGAGCUUGAUAUACAGAAGUUCUUUCAAAACCCUGAGCAGCUUCAGUUUGAAUUCCGGCCUUUUCCAACAUCGUACCUGCGUCUUGCUGCACAUCGAGUUGCUCAGCAUUAUGGACUAGUAACCAUGGCUUUGGACAAUGGUACUGGUGCAGGUGAUGGAUCCGAGAACAGAAUCCUGGUGACUAAGACAGCGGAGAGUAGAUUUCCUUAUGUCUGCUUGUCCGAAAUCCCUGUGAAACAACCUGAGAAUGGUAGACCCGAGGGUUUCAAAAUCGCUAUCAAGCCUAGACCCAAGAGAGGAUCUGGUUGUGGGGGUAGCGGAUCGGGAGUACAACAGAAUCUUUUGAGAAGUGUUGAGGAGAGAAAGGAAGAGUAUGAUAAAGCCCGGGCUCGGAUCUUUAACAGCCCUAGCAGUUCCGACUCUGAAGAUUCUUCAUCACUACGACCUCCCCCUCUUGAAGUGAAAAACACAUGUAUAAACCGGAAUGAGACUGAAGUGGCGGUUAAUAAUAAUCCUGUCGAUGCUGUUACUCGAGACUCUGGACGGACUUCUCGAGUAGCCAUUAUCAGAGAUAGAGAGAAAGACCGAUAUGACCCGGAUUACGACAGGAGCUAUGACAGGUAUGUCGUAGAUCCCGCCUACAGGUACGUCAGGGUUAUGCCGUCUGGCCAAAGCUUCAGUCCAAUACCAAUCCACAUUCCGUUUCACGAUGGGGUUUUCCCGCAGAUGCCAAGAGGUCAUCAAGCCAACCUAAACUAUGGGCAUCCGCUUAACCCUGCUUUGAGUCCCUUUACUCAUAACGCGGCUUCAUAUACACCGUGGCCAAACUCACCUGCUAUGAACUAUGCACAGCCGUUGAACGGCUCAGACACAAAUCUUUUCAGGCAUCCUUCUGCAAGUAAUCCCUGACAGCAAGACUAGUGUUUGAGUAUUUCAAUGUCUGUAAUGAAAAGCAGAUUCUAUA